CUCACUGUCGGCGCUUUGGUCACAUUCAGCUGCAACGAGGGACACACGCUGAUCGGCGAGCCAAGCAUCAUAUGCACAGAGACUGGACUCUGGUCGCAUUCGCCACCAUUUUGUCAAUCACAAUGUCCCUACCCCGGCGAUCCACCAAAUGGUCUAAUAGCGCCGCUCAAAUUCAAUUAUGAUUCCGGCGAUUACCUGAGCGUUCAAUGUCGUCCAGGCUUUGUGCAGUACAGUGAGAAUGGUCCGCCCGAACGUCCGAAAUGUCAACCGGAUGGUAAUUGGUCCGGUCCGGUGCCCAAAUGUCGCAGCUAUGAGGAAGUGUAGCUAAUCAAAAUGGCGGACAUGAUGAUGCCGGAAUCAUCUGAUGAGUCCACGCAACUACAAUAUCAGCGUGAAUAAAAACAACAACAACAACAAGAAGAAAAUUGGCUACGGUAUUAGCAGCGCAUAUCUAUGUACAUCAAAUGUAGAUAAUACGUACAUAUGUAUGUAUGAGUAUGCAGUUAAAUGAAGCGUAUAAAAGUCGGACUAUAUAGGCAAAACAGCAACAACAACAACAACCACAACAAAUAUUUAUGGUCAUAAUUUCAGAUUUGUAUGUAGAAAAAGCGAUAAAAAAAAAA